UAACAAGUGCAUCAAUCACCUAGGCCGAAAAAAAUGUCCAACUCUCAUCUUUUCCUAAAAUCCGGCUUCCCGCGGGCUCCCCUAGCCAACGGCGUGGGCCGGUACGUGUGCCAGCUGCAGCGCGUCACCCUGAAAUACUGCAAAAACAACGGCUCCAGCAAGGGAAUGCGCGAAUUCCUCGAGAACGACCUGCUCGACUUCACCCGAGCCAACCCGGGAGUGGUGGUGUACGUGAAGCCCCGCCGGCACCGGACCGCAGUCAUGUCGGCCGAGUACCUGAAUGGGGACAAACAGUGGAUCAACUGCCGCAACAAUACUCGGGAAGAGAUCCGCAAGUGGGUCGAACUGCUGAAGACCCAGGCCACCGGUUCCAGCGAUACGCGGUUACGUAAACUGUGGCACACGGAUGUGCCGUCCGUACAGGGUGCGUGGACACCGUUCACCCACCAGCACCCGACGGGCAAUCUGGCGCAGUAUCCGAGCAAGGAGUUGUCCAAGCUGCAAACGGAUGAGAUGACCGCCAGCGAGAAGCUGAUCGAGCUGUACCGGGCACACAAGCUGCAAGGCGGCGAGGGAAAACCGGAGAGUUCGUCGUAGGAUGGAUGUUUUCGUGAACGAUAGAUUUUAUGUUAGAA